AUGCUCCUGCGCAUUCAAAAGUAUAGUUAUACUAUAGAUAGACAAGACACCCACAGGAUUUACCGUCAAAGACGGACAAAACAAGAUACCGAGAAAAACCGUCCUAUCUUCAGACCACUGGCUCAGUUAACCAGGAUGAAACUAUCUAAAACUGAUGUUCCAGCUCUUGUUACAGCUCAGACAGGGUCUACUGCAAUAUUGCAUUGCGAUACAUCCAGACUGAACGAUUCCAUGGAAAAUGUAACAAUCAAAUGGUUCAAGAGGAACAAGAUUAGCAGGGACAUUUUGACACUGAUGGAAGAAACAGUAAAUGAUGACAAAAGGUUCUUGGCAAUAAACGAAUAUAAUAUGAAGGACUGGAGCCUACACAUAAGAUACACCCAACCCAAAGACGAGGGCCUGUAUCAGUGCCAAAUCUGUACGAAUUUCACAUCUGAUAGUUGCAACAAUGUGAACAUUACCCUGAAGUUGGAGGACAAAGAGCUGCCGCUCCGCCUCAGCUGCGUGCUCAUCAACUCAAUCGAGGCUCCGGAGUACAUCUUCUGGUAUCAUGACGAUAGGAUGAUAAACUACGACCUGGAAGAUGGCGCCACUGUCAGGGAGGGCAGACAAGGCAGCGAGUUGAUAUUUCCCAAAGCCAAUGAGACGCACACUGGGAACUACUCUUGUGUUCCGUCCAAUGCCCAAUUGGAUAAGAAGGGAGCUUUGACGCAAGAUAAAAACGGCGGCGAGGGACGUGAAAAAUUCGAUCCGCAUCAUAUCUUCAAUAUGCUGGUCCUCGUAUCGGCCUUUCACCUCCGCAGAUGA